GCUCCUGGAGAUCAAGAACUCGAUGUCGUACGGGAGCUCAUCGAUACCCAGCUAUCAGUCGUCGUCGACCACAACGACAGGCAGUGAUGUGUCGAUUCGGGACCAGACGGCCGACGAGGCGUUCGCCCGACUGCAGCUCCUGUACGCCAAAUACUGCGACCAAAACGGACUGUUAAACCAAAACAAUUGGCGAUUCUCUACAAAAUCUUUCGAGGACUCCAAACGGAAUAACAGAUUGUUUUCGUUGGGAAAGACUGAGGAGAUACUGGAGAUGAAGGGCCGGACAGUGCGCUCACUCAUCGAGUCAUUGAAAUAUGGCAGCUGGCGUACAGCGUCAAUCGCGGCAGAAGUACUGUUCCCCUCUGCGAGACCCCAUUCCCUAUGUUAUUUGUCUAANAAGGUUCUCGCCGACUCCCGGGACAAUCACCAUCAACCGCAGCUCCGCAAGUUCGUCGUAGAUAUGGUGAAGUUCGCCGAACUCAUGACAUGUAUGGCCCAAAAGGACGUACAGAGGGGUCAGAGGGUGCGGUCGGGCGUCAAACACUUGCAGUUCUCCAAAGACUUCCCGGAAUUGCAUCGACUGUUCGACCGCACGGACUCCGACUUUAGCCAAAUUCUGCUACCGUUCCGCUCGCUGGUCAACGUGACGCUCCCGAAGUCCACUCACGAGAAGCACUACCAGCCCUUCGCGGCAAAGGAUGUCUAUAUCUAUAAGUUUGAGGACACCAUCGAGUUAUUGCAUUCACUGCAGAGGCCGAAGAAGAUUGCGAUCGUGGGAUCGGAUGGCAAGAGGUAUACCAUUCUCUGCAAACCCAACGACGAUUUACGCAAAGACUACUGUUUCCUCGAGUUCUGCAAUCUGUUGAACCGGUGCUUCAAACGAGACUCGGAGGCCCGGCGCCGGCAGCUGCGCGUCAACACCUAUCUCGUGGUCUCCCUGUCCGACACGUGCGGACUCAUCGAAUGGAUACCCGGUUUAACCCCAUUCCGGACGCUCGUGGAGGGCCAGUACGGUCUGGUCAUGAAUUACGAGGCCAUCAAGAAGGACGUGACCCUCAACUACCCGCCCCACACCCUCCCCAAGACCGAGAGGGUUAAGAAGUUCCAGUCGUAUAUACUGCCAAAGUUCAUGCCCUCCGUGUUUGGCAACUGGUUCGCGAGCACCUACUCGGACCCCCUGUCGUGGUUCGCCGCCCGACUCGCGUACACCCGCUCCUCAGCCGUGUUCAGUGUCGUCGGCUAUCUGUUAGGUCUGGGCGACAGACACGGGGAGAACAUUCUCAUCGAGGAGGCCAGCGGUGAGACGGUCCACGUCGACCUCAACUGUAUGUUCAAUAAGGGCGAGGACUUCCAGGUGCCCGAGAGGGUGCCCUUCCGGUUGACACACAAUAUGGUACACGCCAUGGGAGUGACCGAGUUUGAGGGCACCUUCCGCAAGGCUUGUGAGCACACCUUACGAGUGGUUAGAGAGAACAAAGAGGCGGUCAUGAACUUUGUGACCCCUUUCCGGUACGACCAUUUGAAUGAGUGGAAAGGUAGCGGAGACCUCAGGCAGACGUCCGUUGAGUUUACGAUCGAUACUGCCGAGAAAAUUGUGUUCAACGUUGAGGCCCGACUUAAUGGCAUACCGGCCCGUAAUGAGAAGAACCUACCGAAAGGCGUUCCCCUGUCGGUCGAGGGUCAGGUCGACUCCAUUAUCAAAGAGGCGACGGAUGUUAACAAUUUGGGGGAGCUUAUGUACCCGUACAACCUGAGCGACUUGACGGAGAUAACAUCAGCCAAACCCCUACACGACCAGCCCCUGCCAUUCCGACUGCCAUUCUUUGGCUUCUCGUAUCACUAUAUUUGGAUCCAAAGGGACGGCUACCUGGCCUUCAAUAAGGGUUUACUGUCGUACAAGUUUCCCGUGAAGUUCCCGUCCGUACCCAGGGAUAACUUCAUGGAGGAGGACCCCUCGAUGAUCGCCCCCUGGUUUGCAUUGCAGGAAAUACCUACGGAAGGGCCGCACGCGGGCGUCUACUUAAGGAUAGUAGACCUCGAGUCGGAGCUCAAUAUCACGUUAAGAGAUCGCAUAUACUAUGACUUCCGGGAGGGUAUGAUCGGUGCCUCCGAUUUCAAGCCCAAGUUUGCGCUGAUAAUCACGUGGCGGAACAUGACCAUGGUCAAUAGGCGACCUGAGAUGCCACUUGUGACAAACACAUACCAGUGCGUGUUGGCCACGGAUGAAAUCCGGACGUACGCUAUGUUUAAUUACGAACAAAUCCAGUGGAUUACCCAUCUGGACAACUACGAGGGUCUCGAGGGGUCGGCAGCUUAUGUGGGUUUCAACGCUGGUAACACUACCCGUACCUACGAAUUCAAGCCGUACUCGCAAAACCCUCGCAUAUCAUACCUGACCACCCGGGGCUGGGGUAACGGUCUAAGAGGGCGUUAUUUUUUCCAGAUCGACGAGGAGGUGUGGCCGGGCGCCUGUAUCGAGAAGGACUUGGACUCUAACUUACCCGAUCGACUACCCCUUACAUUUUUCCCGCGUGUAGGCGCUAUGUUAGGCGGCACCAUGGUCAACUUCACCGGCCCCUGUCUACAGCUCUCGAGUAUAAUAACGUGUAAAUUUGAGAACUGGCAAACACCAGGCAUAUACAGGGACUUCAAUCACGCCACCUGUAUCACACCCCCUGUAAUGUACCAUGAGCCCCCGGACAUCGCCGACGACGACGUCGUGGUCUUAGAAAACGCCGACCGACUGGAAGAGCCGCUGAGUCUGGAUAUCAAGUGGAAGAAGACGCAUAAACUGGGUUGGGAUGAGAACGCCCGGGUGACCAUGUCGUUGUGGGGGUACCGGGAGAUUGGAGAUGUAUACCCGCACCUCACGUACAUCGACACGUUAGGAGACGCCGGUUCGCUACGGUUGGGCCAAUUGCGGACAUCCAUCGACCCUAACCUCUACAGAGACCGCAAGAACUACAAGACGAGUGACAUCACGUUCGGCUUCAUUGCCAUCAACUUAACUGAUCCGACAAUUCUGGACAAAGACAUCAAACAGUCGCCCACCAUAUGGUCGCGCCCUAUGCCG